UCGGGAAUUCCCGAUGUUAUUUCUUUUUUUUUUCCUUGAACUAAGUAAUUAUACACGUUUUAUUUUGUCCGGAUUGUUUUAUUCCACCCACGGCUUUGUUCAUAUUCAUAAACUAAAAUGGGAAAUGAACUUCAGAAAGCUGCAGAGGAGGCACAAAAGGAGGCAGCCAUGGAAGUGUCCUCAUCGUCUGCCUUGUCUCAACUCGAAAAGAUGAAAAAACAGCUCGAGAAAAUGAUGAAAGACGAGGAUGGAGGCGAAGACGCGACGCCAUUUAAUGUCCGGAAAUUGAAAGGUAAACAGAAAGAUAUGCUAAGCAAACUCAGGAACUUCGGACUGCAGAGAGAAAUCGUGAGCGACGAUGAUCUGCUGAAGAUCCUGCAGAACAAUAACCCUAAUUUAGACAAUAUUGACCCUAAUGUUGAUGCUACUCCAUUGAUGACAUGCGCAGUGCUAGACCGGAAACAACUCUUGACUCGUUUGCUAGAUAUGGGAUUGGAUUUGGAGACAAGGAAUCAAAAGGGACUGACAGUUCUGAUGAUGGCUUCCAUGGCUAGCAAAGAGGACAUAGUCGAAACUUUGCUGAACAGAGGAGCCAAUAUUAACGCUCAAGACAAUGAAGGGCGCACUUCUCUUAUUUUUGCCAUCGCUGGUUCGUGCGAUGGAGUAGCGAGGCUAUUGAUAGAUCGCGGAGCAGACAUUCACUUGAGAACUAACAAAGGAGAUGACGCAAUGAUUAUUGCUGCCCACGAAGGAAAUUCAGACAUCAUGAGUAUUUUGAUAGAUCAUGGUGGGAACGUAAACUCUAAAGACGUCAAAGGUUGGACACCUCUAAUGACUUGCGCUCAGUACAACUAUUUUGAAACUGUCCAACUGUUAAUUGAUACUGGAGCUAACGUCAAUGAAGAGCAACAUUCCGGUGGAACGGCGCUUGAAAUCUGUGCUGGACAUGGACAUGAGAAAAGUUUAAAGAUAUUGUUAAAAAAUGGAGCAGAUGUCAAACAUAAAAACAAGCUUGGAUUUACAGCUUUAACCAUGGCCGCCGUAAAGGGAGAAAUUUUAACCCUGGAGAAGCUCAUCAAAUCAGGAUCUGAUGUCAACGUACAGGAUAAGGAGGGCCGCACGCCUUUAAUUCGUGCAUCCAUUGAAGGACACAGAAGUGUUGUCAGUACACUGCUGAAAGCCAAAGCUGAUGUCAACAUAGCUGACUUCGAAGGAGACACUGCUCUGAUGUGUGCAUCUCUGAACGGACACGUCGCUAUUGUAGAUAUGCUUUUGAAACACGGAGCUGACGACCAAGCUUUUAACUAUGAAUGUAUAAAUGCAUUAAGCAUGGCCAUACAGAACAAUCAUAAACACAUUGUCAAAAGUUUACUUAACAAAUACUUAACAGAAAAAAUGCCAUACCCUUCAAUAAACCAUAGACAAAAAAAAGGAAUUACAGCUUUACUCAGAGCAGCCAUCAGUGGUCACAAAGAGAUCGUCAAAAUGCUGAUCGAAGCUGGUGCGGAUGUGAAUAUGGCUGACAACAGCGGACACACUCCACUGUGUUUAAGCGCUCAUCAAGGUAACACUGACAUUGUACAACUCCUAAUCGAGGCCAAUGCAAACGUCAAUAUUUCUGACAAGCAAGGAGACACACCUCUCAUGCUGGCUGCCCUUCAAGGUCAUGUAAAGAUAGUGAAAAUGUUGCUGGAUGCAGAGGCAGAUGUAACUAUCACCAACAUGAAUGGAAGAACAGUUGUAAUGCAAGCAGCAUAUAAUGGACACGAGGAGAUUGUCACCAUGCUACACGAGCGACAGGCCAAGUUGGACGCUGUUGAAAGCAAAGGAUGGAAUGCUCUUAUGUUGGCAGCACAGUUCCAUCAUACACCAGUAGUUCUCUAUUUGCUGAAGAAUAACGUUCCUUGCGAUACAAAGUCAAAACAUGGAGCCACUGCUUUACAAAUAAGUGCAGGACAUGGUCACUCAGACAUUGUGGAAGCUCUUUUGCAACAUGGUGCCAGACCAAAUGAUAUAGACCAGGAUGGAACAUCGGCUCUGAUGAAAGCUGCAUCGAAAGGACACAGCCGCUGCGUCGAGCUACUGAUUGCUCACAAUGCUGAAGUAAAUGCCACCAACUCCAACGGUGUCCACCCACUGGAUGUAAGCUGCCACGAAGGUCAUUUCGAUGUUGUGAUGCUACUAUUGGGAAAGGGCGCUGAGGUGAAUAAGUGCGAUGGAGAAGGUAGCUACCCAAUUCACACCGCAGCACUAAACGGUCAUAGGAAAAUAGUCGAAAAGCUGAUCGAAAAAGGAGCUAAUGUCAACUCGAUAGACAAGAAGAAGAGAACAGUACUCAUGAUGGCAGCUCACAAGGGAGACUCUGAAACCUGCAGGCUCUUGAUCAAGAAGGGUGCUGACGUCAAUCAAGCGGGUGACAACGGCUGGACACCUCUCAUGUUGUGCACACAAUAUGGCAAGACAGAUUGUAUGAAAGCUUUGAUAGACGAAAAAGCCAACAUUGAGGCCAUUGACCACAAAGGAAACACGGCUCUUAACACCUGCUCAGCCAACGGACACAAAGAUGCAGUCUGCUUGCUACUGGACCAUGGCGCUGACGUGGACCACGCCAACAAUGAAGGACUUACGCCUCUCAUGCUCAGCUCUAACAACGGCCACACUGACAUUGUGAAACACAUCCUUGAGAAGAAACCAAAACUAGAGUUAAAAGAAUACGAACGAGGAGAAACGGCUUUAAUCAUCGCAGCCAAACGUGGCCACGAGAACAUCGUUAGGGCUUUGAUUCAGAGUGGGGCCAAUGUCGAUGCAACCGACAACCACGGGAGCACUGCUCUAAACAUCAGCGCUCAUUAUGGACACAAAAGCAUAGUCGAUGAACUCCUCACUGCACGCGCAGACGUGAGCCUUGCAGACAACGAUGGUGACACACCCCUUCUCUCCUGUAUAGGAAUUAAACACCACCACAUUUUUGAAGCUCUUGUCAAUGCCGGAGCAAAUACGAAAGUUGUUAAUAAAAAGAAUGAAGGUGCUUUAUAUUUGGCCUCCAAGAGCGGAAGUAUUCAAAUUUUAAAAUUGUUAUUAGGAAGAGAAGAGUUCACUGACGAAGACAAACAGAGAGCUGCAGCUGUUGCUUUACAGUCUAAGAGAAAUGAAAUACGAAAACUACUUCUGCCGGAUUUGGAAAUAGACGACACCGAAGAUGCAUCGUCAUCUACUAAAGCCUUGACCAGUGGUAUCGAAGAUAACACAUCGCCUAUGGAUGUGGAUGAGUUUCUCAAGAAAACUCUUGUCGACAUCAGCAACAUGUGAUGAUGAAGAUGAAACGAACCAAUGUACUCGUACCUUCGUUCUUGUCUUCAUUUUAUUUUUGAAAGCUUUGGUAUAUAUGGUUCAUAUGUUUAAUGUAUACUAUCUUAAGACUUUGAUAGAUGUGAUUCAUAUGUUUAAUGUAUACUGUCUUAAGACUUUGAUAGAUGUGACUCAUAUGUUUAAUGUAUACUGUCUUAAGACUUUGAUAGAUGUGAUUCAUAUGUUUAAUGUAUACUAUCUUAAAUGUUUUUAAAGUUGUUUUUUUUUUCGUUUUAAUGUAGCAAUGCUUUGAUUGUCUUUAAAUUAAUCUAUUGACAUAUUUGGGAUAGUUAUUCCUAUCUACUACCUACAUAUCUAGUUAUUUGGAUCGUAGACAAAUCGCAAAAAUGUCUAGUUAUUGAGUUCUUUCUUUCACAACAGGGAGCUGAUAUUUGGUACAAAGUUUGUAGAAUUAAAACUAGACCGCGACAAGUUUGUUUCAGCUACAUCCUCUUAACUUCCACAUUGAGGUAUUUAAAUGAUGUUAUUGACUCUAUUUCUUAGGAUGCAUUUGGUUAAAUAUUAAAAUGAAUCGAAAAUCGAAAA